UCAUAAUGGGGAAAUUGUUCUGUACUGAGUAUGCCAUUCACAGGAAUUUUGACUUGAAAGGUUCUUCUCAUGGUCGUCUCACUGAGAAAGAUAAAUCCCAAUUUGACUCCACUACUACCCUCAAGUACCUAGAUCUCAAUUUUAUAGUUAGACUGCAGAAAGUUUGGUUCCAAGAGUUCUGCAGAUGGCUAGGAUGGAUGCUACCACUACACGAAACAAGGGCCCUAAGAUCAAGCCUAGGUUUUUUGUCACUAUUCAUGGAUGACCAAAAGGUCAUAGACAACCUAAAGAUAUGUCACUGCCUAAGAUUUGAGUACUAGUUGCUGCCGCCGAUUUGACGCUCGUGCAUGGUUGAUUUCGGAGUUUGGGUGAGCUCUGGGAGGUUGAGUUACCCUUGUUCUUUCUGUUUAUCUAUGUGCAGUUUUUC